AUGGUUUGGCCCAUGAUCGUUGAUGGGGCUCGCUGGGUCUUGGGGAAUGGUAUGCGGAUUCGUUUCUGGCGUGACCCUUGGCUUGGGUCGGCUGGGCCCUUAAUUCGAUUUGUUCAUAACCAUGUAUACAUCGAUAAUAUAUUUUCUACAGUAGCUGAGCAUGUGGACGCCUGUGGGAAUUGGGAGUGGCAUAGAUUCCAUGGGAUUUUGCCGUCAACUCUGGUCCCCCGAAUAGCGGGCACUCUCCCCCUUAAGGAGACUGCCGAGGAUGAUCGUAUUACCUGGGGUUUUUCAGAGGAUGGGCAAUUUGCCACGAGGAGUCUUGGGGGACCUGACAUUGAUCGAGAGCACCUUGACUAUUUGCUGCGUCUUCUAACAAAGCAGAAAUGCAAGGCCUGCGAGAAGACUGUUUAUCCGGUCGAGCUGUUGUCCGCUGAUGGGAUUAGUUAUCACAAGUCUUGCUUCAAAUGCUCUCACUGCAAAGGGACUCUCAAGCUGAGCAGCUACUCUUCAAUGGAGGGUGUGUUGUACUGCAAGCCUCACUAUGAGCAGCUUUUCAAGGAGACUGGCAGUUUCAGCAAGAAUUUUCAUUCUCUCCAUAAGGUGCCAUUUAAAUUCUUAUUGUUCUUAUCUGUUAAAUGUCAGACAAGAUCACCUAGCAAAGCUGCUAGUAUGUUUUCCGGAACUCAGGACAAAUGUGCCACGUGUGGUAAAACAGCUUACCCACUGGAGAAGGUUACAGUGGAAAGCCAAAGCUACCACAAGUCUUGUUUCAAGUGUUCUCAUGGCGGAUGUUCACUGACCCCAUCAAAUUAUGCUGCCUUAGACGGCAUCUUAUACUGCAAACCUCAUUUUUCGCAACUGUUUAAGGAAAAGGGAAGCUACAAUCAUUUGAUCAAGUCUGCAUCCAUGAAACGCCCAACGGCAGCAGCAGUUCCCGAUUCUUGA